AUGGUUAUAGCUGAUGCAUCCAUCAACAUCAAGGUGCUUCUGAAUGCGACGGCGGCACACUUUGGGUUUAGGCCGACUUAUAAGAGGGUUUGGUUGGCGAAGCAGAAGGCCCUCGCCCACAUCUAUGGUGAUUGGGAUGAGUCAUAUAACGAGCUGCCGCGGUGGGAGUUAGGAGUGCAGUUGACGAUGCCAGGUAGUGUUGCAGUCCUUAGGACGAGUCCUGUCCGAGUUGGGGACCAGGUCGACGGCUCGCAAGCCUAUUUUCACCGGCUUUUCUGGACGUUUCCACCAUGUAUUGAGGCAUUCCGGCAUUGCAAGCCGUUGGUGAGUAUUGACGGCACCCACUUGUAUGGUAAGUAUGGGGGUAUGUUGCUCGUCGCGAUUGCACAGGACGGGAACUCCAACAUCCUGCCUAUUGCAUUUGCACUCGUGAAGGGUAAGAAUGCGGAGUCCUGGUCGUUCUUUCUUUCCCAUCUCCGACAACACGUGACCCCACAACCGGGUCUCCUGGUUAUAUCAGAUAGGCACAACGAGAUCAAGGCUACGCUUGAGGCUCCUGAUGGAGGAUGGCUACCUCCUGCUACAUACCAUAUAUUCUGUAUUCGACAUGUGGCAGCAAAUUCCGCCCUGACAUUCAAGGACAAGGACGCAAGUAGGCUUCUUGUGAAUGCAGCUUAUGCAAAGACUGAGGUGGAAUUCGAUUACUGGUUUGAUAUUCUGCGGUCUGAAGACCUUGCCAUGUGUGAGUGGGCGAACAGAAUUGAGUAUUCAUUGUGGACUCAGCAUCGGGAUGAGGGUAGGAGAUUCGAACACAUGGCGACAAAUAUCUCCGAGUGUGUUAAUUCAAUCUUGAAGGGGGUCAGGAAUCUUCCGGUGUGUUCGCUGGUGAAGGCUACUUAUGGGAAGUUGGCAGAGCUAUUCGUUCGCAAGGGGAGAGAGGCAGAGGCCCAGCUAGGAACUGGACAGCAAUUCACUCAACAUCUGGUGAAGUGUAUAGAGGCCAAUCUGAAGACGGCGAUGUGCUUCACGGUGACUUUGUACGACAGAGAUAACUCGGAGUUCACCGUCUCGGAAACAACUCCUACUGGUUCGUUCUCACUUGGUAGCUACAGAGUGUCACUCGGGAGUCAGACAUGUGACUGCGGAUAUUUUCAGACACUUUAUUACCCGUGUCCUCAUGCCUUGGCAUGCUGUGCCUAUUCACGGCUUACUUGGCAGUCGUAUGUCCACCAGGUGUAUCAUCUUAGCUCAGUGUUCAGUGUGUACCAGAUGGGGUUCACACCUCCCAUUUUCGAAGAGUUUUGGCCACUGUACGAUGGGCCGACAGUGAUACCGGACCCCACCAAGAGGCAUGCAAGUGAGGGACGUCCUAGGUCCACCAGGAUCCGAACUACUAUGGACGAGGCUAAUCCGAACAGGUCGAAGACAUGCGGUCUUUGUAGGAAACCAGGACACACACGCCGGAGUUGUCCAUAG